CCUUUCUAUAAUCAAGACUUAACUUGUUUUCUGUUGUUUUAAUUAAGUUACUUUAAGUUAAGUUACUAACUGUUUGUCAAGUCCCUAUGACAAUAUCACUUUUAAGUCUUUUAGUAAAAACCCUUAAAGUGACAAAAGUCUUCCUCUGGGAAGUGACAUCAUUUUGGUGGGAAAAGAACAAUCGCACCUAUAACUAUUACUUCUGUGUUAAUCAUAAUGAUUUAAAAUGAUAAAUGUUCUGAAAUGAGAAGUGUCAAAUCGUGAUCGUAGCAUGUUUAAACAUAUUUCGACGUUUUCUGUACCCUUUUACAGAAACAUUUGCUUAACAACACACCCAAAAAAUAUAGAUUAAGUUACAAAGUUCAAAUAAGUAGCUACUGUAAUAAUGACCCCAUGUUAUAUUUAUCAAGAUCACAAACAAACAAAGUUCUCUUUUAAAACUUCUUUAACACUGUAUACAAAGCCAAAUAUUUUAUAUGUAAAUACUUUUAAAGGCACAGCGCUAAUGCCCCCGCCCCUCAUGUAAUAUGUUAAUUAGAAGGGCGUGGUCUGCAGACAGUAGCCAAUGCUACUGUUGCUGGAGGGCUGAGCGGACAUGUCUUCCUCUCCUCCCGUUUCCUUCGGAUGGUGUUCUCAGACUGGGCUGAAACCUGAGUCUCUACGGCGAGUUGAGACCAAUAACCAGCCCGUAGGAGGGCAGCUGUGAGUUCAUGAAAUGUGUAUCGGUCAAUGCGCUCUAUCCGGCCGCUAGAAGCGCGACUAUGGCCUAUUAUUUGUGUGACAUUAGAUAAAGGGAGUGCACCUUGCUUCGGAGAGCAUGGAGGUGACGUAUGCUGCAGUUUGAUGCGUAGAAACAUUGCUCACGAAUAAAGAUGGAUUUACCUCGUCGUUUUCCGGACCCGCUUCUCCACCCGAUGUUGUUCAAUGAAUCCGCGGCACCCGUCGGUAUGAAUGAAGCGUGUGCGGCUGGGAGCGGAGCCGGCGCCAUGGCAACCAGUGCGUUGAGGAACGAUUUGGGCUCCAACAUUCAUGUGUUAAAAACACUAAAUCUCCGCUUCCGCUGCUUCCUUUCCAAAGUCCACGAGUUAGAGCGCAGAAAUAAGUUAUUGGAGAUCCAGCUGCAGCACGCCCAGGAGCAGUCCCGGUACCGACUGCUGUUUUCCCGGGAUCAAGCGGUCCAGACGAACCUCGAGCUGCCUUACUCAGACGCACUGUGUCAGUCGAGAUUCCCCGGUAGAAUCUGGAGCUUCUCACACACCGCCCGAUACGGAGGACGCUUUGAGACUCAUCAGGGGCCAGGAGUGUCCUGGACUCAUCCCGACGGUGUCGGGGUUCAGAUCGACACCAUCACACCUGAACUCAGGGCCUUGUACAAUGUUUUGGCCAAAGUCAAGCGCGAGAGGGACGAGUACAGGAGAAAAUGGGAGGAGGAGGUGUCUAAACGUCAGCAGAUGGAGUCUUUGGUGGAGACAUUACAGGAGACUGUUCAGUCAUCUGAGGCUGUGCAGGGAGAACUGAAUGAGAGGAUGGAACGUCUUAAAACAGAGCUGGUGGUCUUCAAAAGCCUCAUGCCUCAUGAUGAAGUGUCUGACUUGGACAGUAAAAUCCAGGAGAAAGCCAUGAAGGUUGAUAUGGACAUCUGCAGGCGCAUCGACAUCACAGCCAAGCUUUGUGACGUUGCACAGCAGAGGAACUCCGAGGACAUGAGCAAGAUAUUUCACGGCAGCCCAUCAAGAGCUCCUCCCGAACAGAAAGGGGGGAUGGCAGUAUGCAGGAGGAAGGAGUAUAAGGGUGAAUCAGAGGAGCAGGGUGUGGAGACUGAUGGUGAUUCUGGUCAAAAGGAGGAGGAUGUGCCUGCUUCUCUCAACAUCACUGAUGAGAUGAAGAGGAUGCUCAACCAGCUAGGUUGCUCAGCUAAUUGGUUUGUUGGCAGGCGGGAAACGUUCGAGUUUGACGAUGACUGUGACAGUCUGGCGUGGGAGGAGACGGACGAGACGCUUCUGCUUUGGGAGGAUUUCAGUAACUAUAACAGUUUGAACGCUGCCACAGCUUCCUGCACAUCUGACUCUCACGGAGAGACACAUGAGCAGGAUCGAAGUCUAGGAAGUCUCAUAAACGAAACCGAGUCCCUCUUUAAGACCAGAGAGCAGGAGUAUCAGGACACCAUCGGUCAGAUUGAGCUGGAAUUGGCCACAGCCAAGAAUGACAUGAACAGACACCUGCAUGAGUACAUGGAGAUGUGCAGUAUGAAGAGAGGGCUGGACGUACAGAUGGAGACCUGCAGGAGGCUCAUCCAAAGCACAGCCACCACCGGCAGACAGUCGCCCUCCCUGAGCUCUGUGGCCAGCAGUGAUUCAGGAAACACCGAUGACAUCCAGGACGAGCUGGAGCCUGAUGGAGCGAGAGAUGGAGAGAAAGAAGGGGCGGUAGAGAUGAAUGGAGAAGUUAGAUGAUGAUCAGCCCUUCAUCAUUCUGGUUUCUCUGCUUCUUUGUGAAGCAGUCACUCUUUUACAUGUCUGGUGACUUUUUCUUACACACUACAGAUGAGUGUGGAAUUUGAGAUUCCCACAGAGCAAGUAUUGGUGCUUUAUAUGCUGUCUUAGAGCAGGACUUGCCGAAAUAAAGCGGUUCCCUCUUCAUCAGCACUGCCAAGGCAUGGCUCCAUAGCUAUUUCUCACUAGCUUUAACUGAGGUCACACACUUUAUAAUAUGAUGAAUGCCAUAUAUAAUAAUGCAUACUAAAAUAUAUAAAUAAUACAAUAUUUUAUUAUAUAAUAGUAUGACAUACUUAUUAAAUACACCAUUUCUGCUAUCUGUAUUGCUCAUUUGUUUACAUAAAUCUGAAAGGGAAGUUACACAACCACAAUCAGUUUAAAUAACAGAUUAAAACCCAUUAUAAAGGAAAGUAUCACUCUACAUCAAGCUCUGGAAUAGGUUCAGGCUUUUAACAUCACAGUAGUCAAUAGAUCAGCCAUGCAGUGUGCUUCCCAAAAAUAUCUCUGCUCCGAAUCAGUUCAGAUGUUUUCAUCACGUGCAAUUGUUGCUGAACUUAACCACUGUGCACUAAGAUCUAUGCAAUAAUCUGGACUGGACUGGCAUUGUAUUCUGUGAUUCUCUUUGCUGGAGACAGAUUCAGUAUGUGUGAGGUGAUUCUCCUUAAGGGCAGUUUUUCCCUUGUUUCUUUGUAUUGGCUCUUUCAGUGUUGGAGAGUAGCAGUAAAAGCCAAACUCAUGUGCCUACAAAUAUGCUGUAUACAGUGUCUUAGUUGCCUUAUAUUUUUCUCUGAAUAUUUUGAGGACAUGCUUUUGCUCUGUUAUAGACCAUUAAAUCCUCAAUCAUAUCCUAUUCCUGAUGAUGUCGAAUUUAUGUCUAAGAUGUUAAAUGGUGUAAAAUAAGGUUUUGGAUGUCCUUAGGUGUUGGGAGGUUUGGUCAAGCUGCAAAAUAGCUACUGAAAAUGUAGCUAUUACUUUUAGUUCAAUAUGUGGGUCAUACUCGGGAAAAUAUGCUAUUUGUGCUAAAAAUUCUUACUUUUUUUAGUUUCCAAAAUAAUAAUAGGUUUACAUUUAUCAAAGUACUUAUACUAACCCUAAAGCGCAACGUUAUUUCAACCACAUCACAAUGAAAAAAUCCAAUUGAUGUACUUAUGAUAGAGAACUGAGUAGAUUCUGUAGAUUUAGUAUCACUCAGUUUCAUUGUGCCUUGAAAUAUAUUUAUAAAAUAAAAAAUAGCUAAUAAUAUUAAUAAUAACAUUUUGUCAGAAAGAAAAAAUGUGACAUGGGAGUGCAAAUUCUGCAUUUCCCAGAAAAUGCAUGAGUCUUUUUAAAAUACGACAGUGAAAGCAUAUGUAAAUUUCAAUAAAAUACUAAUUUAGUCUAAACAAAAAUAAAUUAUUUUUUAUUCUAAGUGUAAUAGUGAUCAAAUUUCCAGGCAUUUCAUUAAAAAGCAAACAUUUAAAAUUAAAAAUGUUUAAAAAAAAAAAAAAUAAAGGAAACUGUAUAUUUUGUUUUACAAACAGUCAAACUGAUUGAUUGAUGUGACUGAAGAAGCACACUAUGUCAUCACUUCCUAAGAAUGACCCACACUGUCCCCCUCACCAAAAUAUGUUUUUGGCUUAUUAUUCAAGAGGUGGCCAGAAAAAUAGAAAUAGAAAAUUAUUGUACAUUAUUUAUUUCUUUUAUUCUACAUGUGUAAUUCAGUUUUCAAAAUGGAUGUUCAUGUUAUCAUACAACUUGUUUUGUUAAAUAUAUUUUUGUUACCUUCGUUUUUCACUUGAUUAACAUGUAUUGAUUGAUUGAUAAAAACAGUAUCUGGGUGAAUGAGGUUUGCUAUUAUUGUCUUUUUAAUUAAUGGAAACGAAUCAUUCCAUAUUUUACUAUCCUAUAUUUGGGUAUUCAGAUGUUAUAUGUUGAUACAGUUUAUGAUUUAAUAUUUCUUGCCUUAAAUGUGGGUCAUUCUAAUAAAAUGUAUUAGUUUGUGCUGUAUACUAAAGAAAUCAGCUGACUGAUCUUGUGCUGAAAUCAGCGUGUCUGAGAAUAUCUGGAAAUGAGAGUUUGUUUUUGGAAAUCUGGAGGACUAUGCAAGUCUUAUGGAACUGUAGUUUGAUUUUAUGCUGGUUUUGAAUAAAAAAGUUUGCCUUUUCA